AUGGGUGCGCACAGCUGUCCUGCACUCCCGUACCGACCACCGACUGAUCUUGGCCUUUGCCCCUCCCUCGCACCGCCCUUCCCCACCUCAUCGCGAUCCUCCUCGGUCGCCCAACUCUUUCCCCCUCGACCGCGUCAACGACCGCCAGCUGCGAGCGCACACCCUGCUGGCGGCCUCAUCACCGUCGCCACCUGCUCCCUCAACCAGCAUGCGCUCGACUUUGACGGCAACCUCGACCGCAUCCUCCGCUCCAUCAAGAUCGCAAAGGAGCGUGGCGCCAAGCUCCGCAUCGGUCCCGAGCUCGAGAUCACGCAAGUGCGUCCCUCUCUCUUCCGCGACACGCACCUUCACGCCUGGCAGGUCCUCGUCAAGAUCCUCGAGUGCGACGACGGCCUCGACAUGAUCGUCGACGUCGGCAUGCCCGUCGUCCACAAGAACGUCAUCUACAACUGCCGCAUCAUCAUCCACAACCGCAAGAUCCUCCUCAUCCGCCCCAAGAUGUGGCUCGCCAACGACGGCAACUACCGCGAGCUGCGGUGGUUCACGCCGUGGAUGAAGCACAAGCAGACCGAGGAGUUCUGGCUGCCCAAGAUGAUCGCCGACGUCACUGGCCAGGUCACGGUCCCGAUCGGCCAUGCUGUCGUCGCGACCCAGGACACGUGCAUCGGUGUCGAGAUGUGCGAGGAGCUCUUUACCCCGGCUGCACCGCACAUCGAGAUGGCGCUCGACGGCGUCGAGAUCUUUACCAACAGCUCGGGCAGCCACCACGAGUUGCGCAAGUUGCGCACCCGCAUCGACCUCAUCAAGGAGGCGACCCUCAAGUCGGGCGGCUUGUAUCUGUACGCCAACCAGCAGGGCUGCGACGGCGACCGCCUGUACUACGACGGCUGCUCGUUCAUCACGCUCAACGGCCAGGUCAUCGCCCAAGGGUCCCAGUUCUCGCUCAACGACGUCGAGGUCGUCACGGCGACGGUCGACCUGCAGCGCAUCCGCGCACACCGCACGUGGAGCAGUCGCAGCAUGCAGGCGGCCGGCAACCAGGAGGCGUUCGUGCGCACGAGGGCCGAGACCCGCCUCAGCACCGACCAGGACGAGGACCUCGUCGACGCCAUCGUCGACAAGGAGGGCGAGUUCCGCUACAACCUCCCCGAGGAGGAAAUCGCGUACGGGCCGGCGUGCUGGCUGUGGGAUUACCUUCGUCGGUCGGGCACGAGCGGCUACUUUGUCCCACUGAGCGGCGGCAUCGACUCGUGCGCGACAGCGACCAUCGUCUUCUCCAUGUGCCGCCUCGUCGCCAAGGCCGCCGCCGAGGGCAACGAGCAGGUCAUCUCGGACGCUCGGCGCAUCACGGGCGAGGACGCCGAGACGUCGACCUACGUCCCGAUCGACCCGCGCGAGUUCUGCGGCCGCAUCUUCCACACGUGCUACAUGGGCACCAAGAACUCGAGCAACGAGACUCGGCAAAGGGCCAAAGCCCUGGUCGAGGCCAUCGGCGCCUACCACGUCGACCUCAACAUGGACGCCUGCGUCGACGCGAUCCACACCCUGUUCACGCUCGUCACGGGCAAGAAGCCCGAGUACAAGGUGCACGGCGGCUCGCAGACCGAGAACUUGGCCCUGCAGAACAUCCAGGCCCGUCUGCGCAUGCUCCUCGCGUACCUGUUUGCGCAGCUCGUGCCCUGGGUCCGCGGCAAGAACGGCGCCCUCCUCGUCCUCGGCAGCGCCAACGUCGACGAAGCGCUGCGCGGCUACUACACCAAGUACGACUGCUCGGCGGCCGACGUCAACCCGAUCGGCGCCAUCUCCAAGGUCGACCUCAAGCGCUUCAUCGCCUGGGCGACCAAGGCUUUCGAGCUGCCUAUCCUCGACGACUUCCUGAACGCGACGCCGACCGCCGAGCUUGAGCCGAUCACGGGCGACUACGUUCAGUCGGACGAGGUUGACAUGGGCAUGACGUACGAGGAGCUGUCGAUCUUUGGUCGCCUCCGCAAGCAGGAGAAGAUGGGCCCGUACAGCAUGUUCACCAAGCUCACGACGCUCUGGGGCAGCAAGCUCACACCGACCGAGAUCGCCGAGAAGGUCAAGCGCUUCUUCUUCUUCUACGCGAUCAACCGGCACAAGAUGACGACGCUCACGCCAAGCUAUCACGCCGAGGCGUACUCGCCCGACGACAACCGCUUCGACAUGCGGCCCUUCCUCUACAACGCCAAGUUCGGCUGGCAGUUCCGCUCGAUCGACGCAAAGGCUGCGGCGAUGCCGGACCGUCGGCGCAAGGAGGACGGCGGCGAGGACGAGCAGAAGACCGCGUGA